UUUCUUGACAAAAAUGCACAGAGCCUCCACCCUCUGCAGUCCAUGAGAGAUGCAACCCGCUGUGAUUUUGAGAGGCAGUAGUCAUGGUGAGAGUAUAGAGCCGGAGCAGACGACUCCGUAGAGGAGCCUCGCUUUUUGAUCAGCGGCCACGGCACGCCUAAGGGCCGCAGGCGGAAGGACCUGAAAAACCAGCUGCCUGAGUUUAAUACUCUCAGCGAGGAGCAGCUCAGGAGCAACAAGUGAGCGAGCGUGGAACCUCCUCCUCCUCCUCCUCUUCACUCUCCUCCUCCUCCUGUUCACAUAAACACUCUGAUUCCCACAGAAUCCACACACACACACACACACACACACAGAGGCAUCUCUGUUGGUUUUUUAAAUUCUUUUGUUUGUGUCCGUCCCGUCUGUUUGUACCUGUGGGACUGUCACUUUAGCGGCACCAAGUCUGCUGGGACUUGUUUCCUCUCUCGGAGUCGCUCACACACUCUUCUACUCCCUCGUGCCUCCCUUCCCCAGACCUGCUGUGACCGUCAGCCGUCCACCGUUGGACUAUGCCCCCAUCAGUCAGCUGAGGGAGGGGGCUCUGUGCUGCUCAGGUUCCCGUCUGGAGAGGAGCUGAAAUCAAAGAGGAGACGGUUAGGUUAUUGCUGAAGAUGCAAGCUUCAACUGUCUCACCUGUGACCAACACGACUACACCUUCAAACACAACCACCGUCACAAAGACCCAAGAACAAAUACUUAUCCAGAGUUCUGGGGCUAUGAUCGCUGUCAUCGUCAUAGGCAUCAUCCUCAUUCUCGCCCUUCUCCUCAUCAUCCUGAAGACGUACAACAGGCAUACACAUGUAUCCCGAGUCCUGGGAGCCAGAGGCUCCAAACCUCGUCCUCGACCUCUGUCACAAUUAACACUUAACAGCAACAUGCCGCUGACCCCCGUGGGGGUCACGUCUGUGUCGGGCAACCUCUUCAGUUUAAACCCAGCCUCGGAGAACGGCUUCCAGCUACCCAGAGCGGAGCUGAGCAGCGCGGAGGGGAGCCAAAUAGAGCAGUUCAGCACCACCAGUGGAUCCACGGCGAUCACCAUACACGACUCUCCGUCAAUAGAAAACACAUAGCAACAAGACUGUGGUUUAGUUUCACAACCAGGCACUGACUGAUGUGUCGUCUUCGUCCGUGACCACGUACUGUGUGCUGACUGAAUCCUGCGGAAACUCGAAUCCGUGACGUCAGUGUCGUCACUGUCGAUUUCCGCCAACUGAGCCACUGCUGGUGACUACAAAGAUAACAAGAUGUGGUGCGCAAAAAUAUACAUCAUGAACAAAAUGGUACCAUAAACAGACACGAUGGAUUACAUGAAGGAUUUUGCAUGACGGGAAACUGAGACCUUCUUCAGAAGAAUUGCUUUUUUGGCUACAGUCAGUGUUCAGAGUAUAGAUGCCAGAAGUUUCUUACUGUUUGUACUCUUUUGCAGAUCACUACUAAUACAAUGAAGAAAAUGUGUAGACUGUAAUGGCUUGAGAACGUUGCUCUUAAGUGUGUACAUUUCUGUAUUAAAGAGGACCACAUAGGUUCAUGAGUAAAUGUAGGAUUAGUAUAAACGUCAGAGAAGACAAAGACAGUAUGAAAGAACUCAAUGUGUGAUGGACACUAGUAUGUGUUGAUAUUGCAGAUCUAUUUUGAUUUACCAACAAUAUUCCUUACUAAAUCUGGUUAACCUUGCAUUAUACUGCCUUUGUCUUCUGAUCUCUCAGAUUUGUUUAAGAAAUCUAUAAAAUGUCUUUUUUUUUUAAACUUGUAUAAUGAAGAAACCACAGAGAUAUUUUGAGACAUCUGGAUGUCAGUCUAACACGCUGAUGUGAAUCCUUUUUAGUUUGACGCCAAAGGAUUUUGCACUUUAUUUCCGUUGCUCCCUGCGUAUUUGUAUUGUUUGUGGUUCUUUAAAUGAAAUGAGAUGAAAAUAAAAUGUAAUAUUUCUAAUUGUGGCUACA